CACAAACAACACCAAAUCCUUCUCUCCAGGAAAAAAAAAAAAACUCUCAUAUUACAAAAACUGCCACCCAAUUCUCUUCAAUGGCCGGCGGCAAGGUGCGCGAUGACGAAAGAUCCGGCGCCGAGAUCGUAUAUGGCACCGAAGCAUGCUACCGCCAUUCGGUAGAACUGCUCGAGGAGCUUGGAUUCCCCAGAGGCGUCCUCCCACUAAAAGAUCUCGAGGAGUGUGGAAGAGUCCGGGAGACUGGAUUUGUGUGGAUGAAACAGAAGGGCCCAUACGAGCACUUCUUCGCCGGGACAAACAGCCGCGUGAGCUACUCUACCGAGGUUACGGCCUAUGUUGAGAAGUUCAAGAUGAAGAAGAUGACUGGAAUCAAGAGCAAGCAAGUCUUGUUGUGGGUGCCAAUAACAGAGAUGAGUAUUGAAGAUCCGGCGUCGCAGAAGAUAUACUUCAAGACUCCAAUGGGGAUUGGAAGGUCAUUCCCGGUUUCUGCGUUUCUAACGGAGGAAGCGAAAGAAGAGAAUGAAGAGAAAGAAUGAAUGGAAAUAAAUCUUAUAAUAAUUGGGCAUGUGGGAUUAUCAGUCGCCUUUGAUUGUUUUUAUUAUCAGUGGUUAAUUAUCUAUUAUAUCUUUCUCUUUGUUCUUCCAGUCGUUGGCUUUUGAUUAUUGUGAUUUUUAAUUGAUCUUGAUGUAAUGGGAGAUCAAAUACAAAUCAGAUCACCAAAGUCGUAUUAUGUAUGGUUUGAAAACCUGAGUCUCGAUGUUCGAGUUUUCAGGUUGAGUCAGGCACUUGUUUGAGAGUUGAUUUGGUAAUUAUAAAUAUUUAAAUAUGUAUAAUUUGUUAAAA